CGCAAUUCCGAUCGAAUCUAUCUAUCUCUGCCAAUGGUUCUUUUCCGUCUCUGCUGUUGCUUCUCUACAAAAUCCUCCUCCUCCACCGUCUACACCCGCCUUCACACUCCACCGCCGCCUCCUCUUCCGAUCAUCCACGGCGACUACGCCCAGCCAAAGCCUGCGCAGCAACUCCCGAUUCCGUUCGUCGACGAAGGCUUUAAGCAGCCAGAGGCUUCGCCGCCUCCUCUUCCGAUCAUCCACGGCGACUACGGCCAUCCAAAUCCUGCACAGCAACUGCCGAUUCCGAUCGUCGACGAAGUGUUUAAACAGCCAGAGGAUUCACCGCCUCGUGUUCCGAACAUCCACGGCGACUUCGGCCAGCCUAAGCCUGCGCAGAAAAUGCCGAUUCCGACCGCCGACGAAGGCUUUAAACAGCCAGAGGCUUCGCCGCCACGUGCUGGUACAAAUAGCGAAGGAGAUGGCGGGGACGGGAGUGGAAAUGAAGAAAAAACAAGUUCGAUGUAUCGGAUUGAGAACGAGUUGAGAGCGAUGAACGAGGUGGCGGCGACGCACUGCAGCUUCGGGCCGGUCGGAGCGGAUAUUUUUCGGUGGGAAGGGGUUGUGAUUGGGCCGGCCUUUUCUUGCUAUGAUGGCGGUAUUUUUCACCUUUCCAUUCAAUUUCCCUCCAACUACCCCUUGAGCCCUCCCUUGAUCAAGUUUCUUACCAAGAUCUUCCAUCCAAACGUAGAAGAAGAUGGAACCAUUUUGAUCGAUAUAUUGAUGGACAAUUGGUCUCCAGCAUUGACCAUUGAAACACUAAUGCUUUCCAUAUGCUCAAUUCUAUCAAACCCAGAACCUGAUGAAGGCUCCAUUAAUGAAGCUUCAAGAAUGUUCCUCAAUAAUUGGCUCAAUUACACCAAGAUUGCUAGAGAAUGGACCAAGAAAUAUGCAAUGGGAAACCCAUCCCCUCCCUAACACCUAUCCCUUCUCGAAGAUCUUGUAUUUGAUUGCAUAGACAAACCUAAAUUGUGUCGAUUUGAUUCAAUUCGAAUUAAUGGGUUCGUGUAUUUUAGGUCGAAUAAAUAGCUCAGCUUUUAAGUCACUCUAAUGUAUCGAGGCAUACGUGUUUUAUAUAGUUUGAAUUUUAA